AUGUCGGCCAACACUCAGAAGCCCCUCCCCUUCCAAUACCAGUUCGCCGCCGGCGCGGUGGCUGGUGUGUCCGAGAUCCUGGUCAUGUACCCAUUGGACGUCGUGAAGACCCGAGUCCAACUGCAAUCCGGCACCCGCGCCGCGGGCGAGGAGUUCUACACGGGCAUGUUCGACUGUCUGCGCAAGAUCGUCAAGAAUGAGGGCGCAUCCCGUCUGUACCGCGGUAUCUCCGCCCCGAUUCUGAUGGAAGCGCCCAAGCGCGCGACCAAAUUCGCCGCCAACGACAGCUGGGGAUCUUUCUACCGGGGCCUGUUCGGAGUGGAGAAGCAGACGCAAUCGCUCGCCGUGCUGACGGGCGCCACUGCCGGCGCCACCGAAUCCUUCGUCGUCGUGCCCUUCGAGCUGGUCAAGAUCCGUCUGCAAGACCGCGCGUCCAAGUACAACGGCAUGCUCGACGUCGUCAAGAAGAUCGUGCAAACGGAGGGACCCCUGGCCCUGUACAACGGCCUCGAGUCGACGCUGUGGCGACACAUCCUCUGGAACGCUGGUUACUUCGGCUGUAUCUUCCAGGUGCGCGCGCAGCUGCCCAAGGUCGAGCCCGGAAACAAGACCGAGCAGACGCGGAACGAUCUCAUCGCGGGUACGAUUGGUGGUACGGCGGGUACGAUUCUCAACACGCCGAUGGAUGUGGUGAAGUCGCGGAUUCAGAACAGCCCCAAGGUGGCGGGGCAGACCCCCAAGUACAACUGGGCCUGGCCGGCGGUGGGCACGGUGAUGAAGGAGGAGGGCUUCGGGGCGCUGUACAAGGGAUUCAUUCCCAAGGUGCUGCGGUUGGGUCCUGGUGGUGGUAUCCUGUUGGUGGUGUUUACGGGAGUGAUGGAUUUCUUCCGUAAGAUGCGGGGUGAGAAUCUCUGA